AUGAUCCAACAAGUUUAAGAGGAAUCAGAGUCUUUUAUCAAGACUUAAAAUCCUAGGACAAAAUGGACUCCUUAAGAAGAUAAUGAACUAAAAAAAGGAGUAAAGAUUUGUGGAAUGAAUUGGAUUGCCAUAUCCUUAUAUGUACAUAAUAGAAAUCCAAAUUAAUGUGCAUAAAGAUGGAAACGACUUCAAGGAAAGAGGGUAUUAUAUCUAAAUUAUCUAUGAGAGUAGGACCAAUAAUUUUUGGAAACCAGAGGAAGAUUUAGAACUAGCACUUCUAGUUUAAUAAUUAGGGAAAAAGUGGACCAAAAUAGCUAAGAUUGUUCAAAAUAGAAAUAGUAAACAGUGCCGGGAUCGUUUCACUAAUACUAUUGAUCCAGAGCUAAAAAAAAAUUGUUUUACCCCUGAAGAAGACUAAUUAAUUUAUGAAAAAUACUUAGAAUAUGGUCCAAGGUGGUCUUCAAUAUCUAGAUUACUCUAAGGUCGAUCGGUAAAAUAAAUGUUUAUUUAAGGAUAACUAAGUCAAGAACAGAUUUUAUACAACCAUAAGAAGCAAGUACCUGUAGUGCUAAAAUCCAUAUUAUUCGAAGCAGGUAGCAUGUUCGUCAAAAGAAUAACUUGAAAAAGCUAGAGAAGAGCAACUAAAAAAAUUGGAAUAUUUUAAAAAAGAAGAGACUUUGUGGGAUCAAAAUGAGAUGCAAACAAAAGAUCAAGAUAUAUCCAAAUAUAUCAGUCAAUAAGAUCAUUCGAACUUUUAGGUUGAAUUUUAUUCAUACAUUAAUAUCGAAGAGGAGGUUUGGAGCUCUGAAAAUGAAAAUAAAUUAUGA